AUGUUGAGGAUACAGCGAGCCAUGUCAUCUUCAACUACUGUACCUAAUACUUUUGCAACCAAGCUUUUGAAAGUAAAGCCAGAGUCCAUACAUUUUGACUUGAAGAACAAUGGCGAUUCCCAGGUUCCCAGAAUCACAGAUGAUGAAACUGAAGCGAAUAUCAAAUUAGCUGCAAAGGAGCUUCUUACCACUAAUAAUGCGAUUGGUUUCCCUACUGAGACUGUUUAUGGUCUUGCAGGUUCAGCGUUAUCAGACGAGUCUGUGAAAUCCAUCUAUCGAGCGAAGCAACGACCAGCAGAUAAUCCGCUUAUUAUUCAUGUCUCCUCAUUGUCCCAAUUACAAAGAAAGCUACUACCUGCCAACUAUGAGAUUCCCAAAAUCUAUCAUAACCUUAUUGAGCAUUUCUGGCCGGGUCCAUUAACCAUUCUUUUACCCAACAAUAGUAGCAACAGCAACAGCAACAGCAGCAGCAACAGCAACAGCAACAGCAACAGCAAUAGCAGCAGCAAUAGCAGUAGCAGCAGCAAUAACAAGUCUCCCAUCUCAUCAUAUGUAACAGCUAACCAAGAUACAUUUGCUGUACGAAUGCCUGCCCAUCCAGUAGCAAGGGCCCUUAUUGCCAUUUCUGAUUUACCACUUGCAGCUCCCUCAGCCAACUCCUCGACUAAACCCAGCCCGACUUUAGCGCAACAUGUGAUGCAUGACUUGGGCGGGAAGAUACCUAUUGUUUUAGAUGGGGGUGCUUGUGAUGUGGGUGUCGAGUCUACCGUAGUAGAUGGGUUGAGUGACCCGCCUAUGCUUUUAAGGCCUGGUGGUGUUUCUCUCGAGGAGUUGAAACGGGUUGGAGGGGAAGAGUGGAAGAAUGUGAGAGUUGCAAAACGCACCGCUGGAGCGGACGAGCUGGUAAAGACUCCAGGAAUGAAAUAUAAACAUUAUUCACCUGAUGCUAAAGUAGUUUUGUUUGUUAACUGUGGAGAUGGAGAAGAUGCUAUUGCAAAGUAUUUAAAAGCAAAUAGAGUGAGUGUUGACGGAGUGGAAGUAGGGGCAAGAGGUGAUUUAAGAGAUUCAAAAGAUUCAAAACAGGAAGGUCAAGGUCAGAAACAUCUAAUUUCGGCUAAUGCAGAUACGCCAAAGGUUGCGCUUCUUAAAAGUAGACAUUUUAGGGACUAUAAAGGUAUAGACGUUGUAAGAGAUUUGGGAUCAGCUGGUGAUGAUAUUGCAAGAAAUUUAUUUAAGUAUUUGAGAGAAGUUGAUGAGGAUGAGAAAGUCGAUUUGAUUUUGAUUGAAGGGGUAGAAGAAGUCGAUGAGGGACUUGCAAUUAUGAACAGACUCAAGAAGGCGGCAUUUGAGGUAAUAGAAGGUUGA